AUGGACCGGCUUGGACGAGUAUGGUCGAAGCUAUCGAUCCGACGGCCUGUCCUGGCGACGACAGAAGCCGCUCUCGACGUUGACGAGACUCCAGACACUAAGAAUGAAGUCUUCCAAAUGUUUGCUGGCACGUCUUCUACUCCUGCCGGAGCUGGUCCUCAACGUCGAAAAAGCGAUGUCUCCCAUAAAAGGGUCGUUUUGGAUAACGUGCAGAACGGAAACCGGCGAAAGUCUGGCGAAAGUGCGCAUCACAAAGCUCGUCUGACUGACCCGGAUAUUAUUCGAAGUUUUCCUGUUGUUGACGUUCCCUCGUUAGAACAUGCCGCUACUGUAACCGAUAUGGUAAGUGAAUUUUUAAUAUUGUAUUACCCAAGAAAUUUUGCUCUCUCGUUUUCCGCGACGUCAUUCGUGUGUAGAGGAGUUGACACGUCCGGAAAUGAAAUUUGACCAAUUAUAAACUAUAAAUAAUUUAGGAGUAUUCAUUUUGGAACACACUCGCAUCCUAAAAUGUCAGAAUUUUCAACAUCUUUUUCUAUGUUUUUUUCUAUUCUUGUCGGAGCUGUUUACUUCUUGAAGACUAUAAAUUCACGCUUUGUUUUCCAAAGAGAAUUCAAGUAUACUCAUUGAUUUUGAUGCUUCACAAAUAAGGUUCAGCUAGUGAAAACAGAGGUUUUUCACUUUCUGCUUCAAAAAUUAGUGAUUUAUUAGUAAAAAGCACACAUUAUUUUCUCUUUUUUUGCAAUUUUUUUAAACCUCUCUGAGAACUCAAUUAUUUUUUUCAAUUAUUUCUCUAAAGUUAUUCUUUUCUUUGACGAGAAUACACAAUAUCCUCAGAAUCUCGUACUCACUCCGGUUGUUAAUGGGUGAAAAAAGGCUGAAUGUCUCAGAUCACAUGACGCGGAGGGAGCACCACAUAACUCUCGACCUUAUGUUGAAUCUCAAGGAUAUUCAUUACCCAUUGGAACAUCUCAGAGAAAAGCUUCUCCACGGAAGUGUCUUGGAAAAUUUUCACGAAAUAACGGAAAACCAUUUUUUGAAUUCUUAUUUUUUGAAAAAAGCUGAUUUUAGAGUUCAUCGAAAGUAAAUUAUCAUAGUCUAAUUUUUGUUUUUUUGUCGAAAGUUUUCGGGAAACUGCGAAAAUUCGAAAAAUGUUUCAAUAAACAAUGUUUUCCUUAUUGGGUUACCCUCCAUUCUACUCUGAAAGAAACAAGAUUCAAAAAAAAAAUUCCAGGUUGAUAAAAAUGUCUCCGGCUCUUUUAAAUCCCUAGAAGAAAUAUAUCCAUUUUUUGAGCCUUUUCAAGAAAUAUCUCACCGUUUUCAAUCGGUAAUAGUUAAUACUUCGCUUGAAGGUUACGUUCGUUGCUCACGUUGGAAUGCGUAAUGGGUUGUUCCCACAGGUCGUGGAUUGCAGAAUGUGCCCGAGUGCUCGAAGGAAUCUGGAGAAGACGCAGUUGUGAACAGCCCUCGGAGAAGCAGUUUCGUCGACAGAGGAUCUGUCACCAUGGAUUCCAUUAAGAAGAUCAACCUUGAAGAUGUCUACACGGUGAACAAACAGGUUUGUUUUAAGUUAUUUCUUGAGGAGGAUCGAUUUCAAAAACACUAGUUGGUUUAUCCAAAAGUGUGAUCCAAGGCUCUGGGAGGUCAAAGGAGUUUUUUUUUGCAUGGAAAUACAAAAAAAACAUCAAACAACUUCGAUGCCCGAGUUGAAGUUCAGCUUCUUUGCAUUUUCAUCAUUAGCAAACCCAAAACUGAGUCCAUAGUUGAAAUUAACUUCCCUCUUCAUUUUAAUAUUAAAUUUUCGAUUAUCCUGACAACAAAAAAAUUUUUAUGCAUUUUAAUAUUUCCGUCCUUGUGGUGGAGGUUCAGAAAACUUUUGGAGCAUUCUCACAUCCAUCAAAACCCGCGGAUUGAAGUUUUAUGGGAAAAAGAGCCAUUACUCAAUUUUUGAUUAUCGACUACAUGUGUUUGCAUUGUGAGGGAUAAGUGAUCCGAUUGCAGCUGGGAACUGGUCGAUUCGGCUACGUGAAGCUUGCCGAGCACAAACAGUCGAUGAAAAAAAUCGCCAUCAAAUUUUUCCCAAGGCCACAGACGAAACAAGUUGGUCGGCUUGGAUUUUGUUCUUUGAAAGUCUGAGGGUUUCCGAAUAUUAUACGGAAAAGAUAUCAGUUUGAUGGAGCUGCUAUAAAGCUUAGACGCCUCACUUUUUCUCGAAAAAAAUGACAAAAAAGUGACAAAAAAGUUAAAGUAAUAAUAUAAUAAUCGUUUCCAGUUUCAAUAUUCUAGCAGCUUACGCAUUAUUUCUCAUGAUACAGCUCAAAAACUAGUACUUUCAAAAAGUAUGAGAAAACCUAAUGAGAAAAUCAAAGCUGGAAAUUCUCAAACCGUUUCUAAAAAGUCAUCUCAUAUGAUGUAUAAUCUUUAGGCGGACUUUGUCCGAGAAUACAACUACUCAGUGUUCUUGAGUCCACACCAAAACAUCAUCGACACGUUCGAAGGAAUGUUCCAGUCGGUCAACGACUCGGCAUUUUUCUUCGUCCAGGAGUUCUGCCCAAGAGCGUCGUUGCGCGAGGCCGUCGAAGCCACAAAUCAAAACGGUUUGUUCUGAGAAUGUGAAGGGCGUGUGGGAUCACCUUUCAUAAAUCAGAAACACACUAAGUUUUUUUGGGCUUUUUAAAAAGAAAAAAAUGGAAGAAAUUUUUGAAAAAUUAUAGCCUAACUUGACAAAAAAAUCAAAAAAACGGAAAAAAAGACUAGAGCAGCUGGUCUCAAAAAUUUCCAAAAAUUUGUCCAUUAUUUCGGAAAUCCCUGUCUAUUAAGAACAAAAAGGUUUUUUUGGAGUAAAAUGAUUAUUUCUGGAAAGAACAAUGAUAUCAACAGCCUCAUUUUGAGCUUUUUUUUUUAAAGUUAGAGCCUUUUUUCAAAAAGAAAAAUCCGCAAAGAGAUCCGUAACAUCUUCAUUUCAAAGAAAAACCGCAGGUUCUUCAGAGUUUUCACCGUAAUCCUGGAAAAUAACGCUCUGCCAAUUUGUUUCGUCUGAUAAAAAGCUUCCGAAAGUCAUUACAACCAGGAAUAGCUAUUUUCUGGCACAUUUAGCUUCAUGAGAUAGCAACGGCAUAAUGGCGCUUCCAAGUGAGAAUUCUCGGCAAAGGAUGGGACCCGGAACAAAUUCCCGCUGAAUACUUCAAAGCAAGCCUCUUUUUCAAAGAACAAACGCAUUAAAAUCUCCUUUCAUUCAGAAAAAAAAAGCGUUUAUAGAGAGAAUUUACAGGCAUCGGAGAAGCCAACGCGAAGAAAGUUUUUGCUGCGGUUCUGUCGGCUAUGGAGUUCAUGCACGAUGAAAACUUGGUUCAUCGCAACCUGAAAGCUGAAAAUAUUUUGAUCUUCGACACUCACGAUUUCUCUAAAGUAAGAGAAAGAACGGAGUUUUUUUAUGUUAGAAUUCUUGCAAUCAAGUUCAUAUAUAAUACAAUUUGAGUUAUACAUACCUAUACUUCAAAUCUCAAAUUCCUCACGCAAAACCAAAUUUCCAGGUGAAAGUAACAGAUUUCGGACUGACGCGCAAAGUGGACGCGACUGUCAAAUAUCUCGAGUACGUGAAUAACUACCACGCGCCCGAACUCUGCGAAACCGUUGUCAACGAAGUACUUACUGUCAACCGAUCCACUGACGUUUGGGCACUCGGUAAACUUUGGUCUUUUGCACUUUUUGGAAUAGACUUUUGUCACGUUUUUUGGAAAAUUCGGGAUUUUCGAUGAAAAUUGAAUCUGCUAAUCAUCAAAAUUUUUCACGUAACCAAAAUGUAUUGAAACAGUGAUGAUAUCAAAGCGAGUAAUUUGUAACAUCAGAAAGUGUUCAAUUUUGAAUUUUUUGGAUUUUGCAGCCUCUCAGAACCUGUAGUACUAAUUCUCUAGUUUUUCGGGAGAUGGGAAAAAAAAAAAUAAAAAAUAAACUUGCAUGAACUCAAAUAGUGUAAGUAGAACGUCGUUUAAAAACUGACGUCAGAAGCUGUUAUGAGAGAAAACUUGUUUAAAGAUUUUAAUUCAGCAAUAUUCAAAUCGGACCGUUAGGCUCUUUUUUUGAAGCUUUAACCUCAAAAAUCAUUUGCAAAAUGAUUGAGAUUGUUUUUUGAAAACCUCUCUGUGAUCCUCCAAUAACCUACCACGCUGUUAGUGAACCAACUGUGUGUCUAUUUUGAUGCCCGGCGUUUUUUGGUCUCUCAUGAGCUUCUCAGUCUUUUUCCUGCUUUUUUUUUCUGAAAACAAAUCAGUGUGGCUCAACAAGCGGCUAAAAAAAAGAAGGGCAGGAAGUGGGGAAACUGUUGACUUUUCCGGCGAGUGACAUGUGUUUGGCGGCGCGUUCUGACCCCUAGUGUCUUCUCCCUGGUGUGAGCUUCUUCCCGCUCGGAGCUAUUUUUGAUCCAAGCUGAUCGCACAUUUAUCGUGGCGCCGCUGACGUCAGAGCUUUAAGUUUUCCCAUCGAGUGUCGCGGCGCCUCGUUGCCACAUCUUGAUCUUGUCAUUUGCGAUUAGUUACAGCUGCGAAAGAAGCAAAAAACGUUUUUUGAAGUCUCCUGCACGUUCUCGCAAUUCGAAUAGAAAUGAAAAGGAACUUUUUUUGAAACAGGGGGAUUUAUAAGAGGGAAAUCUUUUAGAAAGUAGAAAAAUGAGGAAAAAGGGAAAAAUUCACUUGGAAGUGUGAAGAAGAGUUCCAGCAAUAUGGAAAAAAUUAAUCAUCAAAUUAAAUAGCUGCACAUUUUUUUAUAUUUUACAACUGCCCCAGGAGCAGUACCAUCAGGAAAGAUACAGCAAAGGCGACUUUCUUGUGAAGGAUUCAAUCUUCCUGAUAGUUUCUAGAGCUAUGUUUUUUUCUGUGAACCAAAACUUCAUCAGAGUUCUAAAAAAAAACAGUCAUCAUGACCAGAAAGUUUUAAGAAAAAUUAACUCCUUACAAGAAAGUUUUUACCGAAACUCCGUCUUUUUAGUAUCUUUUCUGACGGUACUGUAGAUUCAUUUACCUCCGACUUCAUCUAGAAAUGAUGAUAACCAGAUGAAACUUUCAGGCAUAAUCUUCUUCUACUGCAUGAAAGGACGGUUUCCGUGGCAGAAAGCUUCGAUAAUGUGCAAGGCUUAUUGGGAGUGGGAACAGUGGCUCAAGCGCAAGAACCCGACCUUACCCAAGAAGUUUCUGCCUUUCAGUGAAAAGGCUCUCAAACUGUUCAAAAAGUGAGUUCUUCCAGAAGAAAAUUUUUAACUCGAAAAGAUUUUUAGAACUCUCACGCCGCGUCCCAAAGAUCGCUGGACGGCCAAAGACAUGCGAAAAUGCAUAGCAAAAGAGAAAAUUCUGAAAAAUAUCAAGGUAGAAGAUCCCUACUAUUAAUUAUUGUUUUUUUCCACAUAAUUACAUCAUCUCGCUUCUGAUCACCAUUUUGAGCACUUCAACAAAAAAGUCAACUCUUUUCUCAGCAGCAAUAACAACUGACCUUUAUGAAAGUCACUCUGAUGUCUUUCUCGCCAACUUUUUUUCAGCACACUUAUCACUGAAACACGUUGAGAUACAAUAACUUUAUUCCCAGAUUGUGAUCCACGACCAAAUCAGUAUAAUUCAUUGUUCUCCGCUUGUCUGAAUCAUUUUAUAUCAUUCUACCGACUACCUAUCGAAGACGCAAUAAUUCUAACAACUCGGAAUUUGAUUUUGAACGGAAACACGAGUCAUAAACCUUGCAACAUGAAAAGCGCUCCAGUUAUGACAUCAUAAGUACACGGAAUUACUUAGUUCAGGUACGAUCAUAGAGUGCGCUAACAUUUUUUUUUCUUUUCGAGAGUGAAUAACUCCACUAAUCAAUUUUUUGCUCAACCGAUUCGCUUCUUUUAACAAGAGUGUUUUUUCAAAUAAUCUCUGACUUGAUUUCUGGCAAUAACUCAUUUGAUUUUUUGCAGAAAAACGAUAUCUACUACGUUCCAGAGUUUUCAAAAGUGAGUCUGUCUUAAAUUUCUUUUUUACAAGAAGGCUUGUAGCAUUGGUUUCGGAAUUUUCCUGAAACUUUUAUGAAUGAUAGAUGUAAUCUCUGGAGCCCCCGGUUUUCCAAUUUUCCUGUUUCCCGUAAGCUGAGGCUUCAAAGUCGAAGGAAAUCACUAUGUUCUGGUUAAAUGCGCAUGUGUGGACUUUGAUUUUUAAAUGCCAGUCUUCAGAAAACUAGCGAUUUGUGCACACCCUAAUUUUCAGGGUCUUUUUUUAGUACACAAAAAAUUUUUUUCCACUGCUAAAAAAAGAACACAUAAAACGAUCAUUGCACGAUUCGCCAAACACGAUAUGUGGUUUUUUUUUGUUUGGAACGAGCAAGAAAUAGAGUGAGCAAAGCCCAAAAUAGAACCUUUUUUGGUUGCAUAUACCACAAUCGAAAAAACCUAUUCCAAUUAAUAUAUUUUUCAGCCACAGAGUGAGCGGAAUGUCGAAGGGAACUCUAAACGGUCGACUUUGCAACAGUGGAUCAGUACCACUUUGACUGCAAUGGCCGAAAUCAGCGAACAAGUUGUUUCUGCAAGAGAUGACUGA